AUGGGAAGCUACGCUGGCAGUGCUGAAGAAGAAAGCCAAACAGAUGAUACGAUAUUGUUUUGCCCUCCGGUGACAGAUACAAUAGUCAAUUAUAGGAGACUAUUGAGGUGCUUUGAGUUGAUGUCGGGGAUGAGCAUUAAUUUUGAGAAGUCAAGUUUGAUAUCGGUGAAUUGUGAGCAGGAUUGGGAAGAUAAUGCCUGUAGUUUGCUAGGGUGCAAGCAAGCGGUUCUACCUGUUAGGUAUCUCGGGAUUUCUUUGGGUGCAAAUCCUCGUAUGGUGAAAACUUGGAAACUGACAAUUGAUAAGGUGGAAGAGAAACUUAGCCUCUGGAAAUCAAAGGUUCUAACCAAAGCGGGCAAGCUUGUUCAUAUUAGAUCAGUACUGAAUAGCCUACUUAUCUACUACCUCAGUCUAUACAAGAUGCCAAAGGCGGCUGCGGAUAAGCUAAUUACAUUGCAAAGGUAA